AUGGCCGACGUCUCGGAUCCUGAAAUCGCCACUGCCUACAACCAAGUCCGAAACGACAAGUCGGAGAUAAACUGGCUCUUGAUCGACUAUGAGAAUGCGCGCUCGGACAAGCUCACGCUGACGGCCACGGGUUCGGGCGGAUUGAACGAGUUAAAGGACCAUCUCCGCGACGACCACGCCUCGUUUGCCUAUGUUCGCGUAUCCUAUUCAAACGACAAAGAAUCUCUCCGCGAGAAAUUCGUACUCGUAGUCUGGAUCGGCGAACAGGUCAAGGUGAUGCGCAAGGCAAAGCUCUCUGUGCACACCGCAGACGUAAAGUCGGUUCUACGCAUCUUUUCAAUCGAAGUUGCUGCAAAGGACAAGGAAGAUCUCGAAGAGGAGCCUAUUAUCGUCCGGCUGCGAAAGGCCGGUGGUGCGAGCUACGAUGGCGUCUGA